CCCCUCUUCCGCAACAGCUCGAAAUGGCCGAUGGAGACACCCUUGAAGUCCACCAGGAACAGAUCGGUGGUUAAAUAGAGAAACCUUUCCUUCUCAUCCCGAUGAAUUAAUGAUGAAUGUGGCCGUUUUUUUUUUCCCUCUUCUUACAUACAUCUUCUUCCAACAACGAACAACAACAUUUAGCCAGUCAUGCUUCUUCCAACUUCCAAUACUUCCUUUUCAUCCACAUUCUCCUUUUGCGCCUUCUUUCUUAGAUGUGUCGCAUUUGGAAGGAGGUACUCAAAAAAGAAAAGAAACCAGGCGCAAAAUUGGUGUUUUUCAGCACGGGUGUGGGGGACCCUUUCGAACCCACUUCAGCGCGGAGCUUUUUUAUUCACGAGGAUUAAGGGAGUCUUAAACUGAGUCGGGGGGGUUCUUUUGGGAAAUGUCAUUUUAUUUUACUCACACAUGAGCUUGGUCGAGAGAAUAGAAAGGAUUUCUGAGCGCUUUGAUGCUUUGCGUCUGAUUCUCUAGGCUGGAUUACAGCUUGCGUUAGUCUCGUUUCUUAUGAUGUGGUCUCAUCUUC